UGAACAAGGAAGAACGUUUAAUCAUUUGGGCAAAUAAAUGUAAAACUUCAUGAUCUGAUCAAUACAAUCAAUCUGAAAAAACACAUAUAACAAAUAGUCACCUGAUUGUGAUUAUUGGUUUAAGAAUUUUUUAAUUCCCAAUUCAACGUCGAUGUCAAUUUAGUCUCGGGUAUAAAAUGAGUUCGGAGGACAGUACUGAGUUGCCAAUCCCUAACGAUGGAAAAGACGACAAGGAGUUGUGCCCUGUUUGUUGUGAAAGCGAAAUACGAACCAGGUUUCUUCCAUGUAUUCACAUAAUAUGUGAACCAUGUCUUCAGAACUUGAUCAAAUGUUCAGAGGGAAACACUUUCAAAUGUCCCUUGUGUCGAAAAGAGUACUACGUUGAUACAUUUGCUCCAGUGAAAAGUCGACAAUACGGAGAACAAAAUAAUCACUAUGAAGAAACAUCUUUCUCAAGUCAAAGGAAUUUAACAACUAUUUCAGAAAGAGUUCAAAACGCAGAUAGACGGUUGGCUGACUGGGUGAUCAGGAGCCAUAAUGACUCAAGAAUCAAUCAGAGACCGCAUACAUAUUCUAAUAACGGAUCAGAAAGAUUUCAAAACGCAAGAGGUAGACGGUUGGCUGACCGGGUGAUUAGGAGCCUUAAUGACUCAAGAAUCAAUCAGAGACCGCAAACAUAUUCUAAUAACGAAUCAGGUAAUGUUUAAGUCAUUGAAAAUUAAUCAGUCCAUAGGCAUCAAUCACCUGUAAUGAUGCGCCAGUUUCUGCUAACUGAUCAUAAAGGUUACAAUACGCGUAAACUGUUAUCGUCGAUCAUAACACAGAGAUACACUUUUACUGACAUUAAGGUUAUAUAUAUUACGCGUUAAAUGUUAACAUUAACCGUAACACAGUAUAUAACUUACUAACGACAAAUUGCACUCUCAUGGAUAAUGAUAACCUCUAGGAACAAAAAUCUUUCUACGAUAAGGUCCAGCAACACUAUGAUUUAUAUGACUGCAAGAAUGAUAAGGCAACGAUAAACACAGAGCCCACGACUACGCCGACGACCACGAUCUUGACGAUGACGAACAAUAACGUCUACAUAUACGACCACGACGAUCACCACGUAUUCGAAAAGAAAAACGAAUUCUACUUCUUUUAUGACUACGAGUACGACCAUCAAUACCACAAUAAGUGUCAUUUUAUUGUCAAUAACAUCCCUAUUUAAUGUUUAUUCUGCAGGCAAAAUAAUUAUUUCGUUAUUGAUAUCGAACAGUAGCCUAACUUUUGUGACGGUCCGUAACAUGAUUAAGAGUCAUUUUCGAUUGAUGAUCAA